AUGGCACUCAUACACAUUCCCAUUCUUGCCUUCCUCUUCUCCUUCUUAGGAUCAGAAGCAGGAGUUUUCACUCUGCAAAAUAAAUGUAGGGAGACAAUAUGGCCUGCAAUCCUAACAGCUGCAGGAAAGCCUCAACUGAUGGAAGGUGGGUUCCAGUUAAAACCUAACGAAACCAUAGACAUCAUUGCCCCAAAAGGGUGGUCCGGCAGGUUCUGGGGCCGGCGCUACUGCUCCUUUGACACCUCCGGCAAUGGAAUGUGCAUUACUGGAGACUGCGGAGGCAAGCUCAAAUGCAAUGGAGCCGGAGGCACGCCACCAGCCACACUUGCAGAAUUCACUCUAGACAGUCCUAUGGACUUCUAUGAUCUUAGCCUAGUUGAUGGUUAUAACAUGCCAGUGUCAAUUUUUCCUUUUGGGGGAUCUGGGACGUGUAAGGCUAUAAAAUGCCUUGCAAAUUUGAACAAAAGAUGCCCAAGAGGAUUGGAGUUGAAGAACAAAGGUAGAGUUGUUGGGUGCAAGAGUGCAUGCUUGGCCUUUAACAAGCCAGAGUAUUGCUGUUCUGGAGACUUCAAUAGCCCUAGCAAAUGCAAGCCAACAAGUUAUUCGAAGGCCUUUAAGGCAUCCUGUCCUCUAGCUUAUAGUUAUGCUUAUGAUGAUGCAUCCAGCACUUUCACUUGCCAAGGAGCAAAUUACUUGAUUAUGUUCUGUUAA